AUGGCCGAAAUUCAAAAAAAGAAAAGAGUUUUUCUAUCGGUGGAGCAGAAGAUGCAAAUUGCCGAAGAAUUACAGAAGGGAAUUACGGUGAAAGCACUUUGUCGAGAAUAUGGAGUAUCGCAGGAUGUGAUUCAUCGGAUUCGUCGCGACUGUAGACUCCUAUCCAGUUUUGGGACCCGAGGGGGCCGUGUAUUGCAACACAAAAAUCGAAGACGAUCUUCGAUUGAAGAUUUAGAAGAGGGAUUGUAUGCAUGGUUCGUUCAACAACGAGCGAUGGGAAACCCCAUAACAGAUUUGCUGUUGCUGGAAAAGGCCCGCGAAAUAUUGGAUGUGCAGGGAGGAACAUCAUAUGCUGGAAGCAGGGGCUGGUUGUGGAAAUUUAAACAACGCUGUGCGAUCCACUCAGCCCAUGCUCAUGGCGAAAAAGCAAGUGCUGACGAAGAUGGUGCGCGAAAUUUUAUAAAGAUAUUUAAUGAAAAAAUCGAGGAAGAGGAUUUAAAUUUAAAUUUAAUAUUUAAUAUGGACGAAGCAGGCCUUCUAUGGAAAACUAUUCCUUCGAAGAGCCUCAUAACAAAUGCAGAAAGUAAAUUGGAAGGCAGAAAAUUAAAAAAGGAUAGGGUGUCCAUUGGUUUGUGUAGUAAUGCAACUGGUACACAUAAAUUGGCCCCGAUUUUUAUUCAUAAAUUCCAAAAUCCACGAGCUUUGAAAAACUGCGGAAAUUUGCCAGUGGUAUACAAAGCACAGCGUCAAGCGUGGAUGACGCGAGAAAUUUUUAAUUGCUGGUACGAGGAGCAUUUCAAACCUAGCGUAUUAAAAAAAGUUAUAGACAUAAGAUGUUACGCCGAGUUUUACAAUAUGAUCAAGGAAUGCAGGAGUUUUAUCAUAAAUUUAAUAUUAAAGAAUGCAUAA